AUGACCAAGAUAAAGUUCGACCGAAGACUCACACACACUGGUGAAAAACCGUACGGGUGCGACGUGUGUGACAAAUCGUUCUCUCACAGAAGCAUUUUGAUAAGACAUCGACGCACACACACUGGUGAAAAACCGUACGGGUGCGAUGUAUGUGACAAAUCGUUCAACCAGAGUGGCGAUUUGAUAGCACAUCGACGCACACACACUGGUGAAAAACCGUACGGGUGUGAUGCGUGUGACAAAUCGUUCAGUACAAGUAGCAAAUUGAUAACACAUCGACGCACACACACUGGUGAAAAACCGUACGGGUGUGAUGUGUGUGACAAAUCGUUCACAACAAAUAGCCAAUUGAUAGUACAUCGACGCAUACACACAGGUGAAAAACCGUACGGGUGUGAUGUAUGUGAAAAAUCGUUCAACCAGAGUGGCGCUUUGAUAAAACAUCGACGCACACACACUGGUGAAAAACCGUACGGGUGUGAUGUGUGUGACAAAUCGUUCACAACAAAUGGCCAAUUGAUAAUACAUCGACGCGUACACACUGGUGAAAAACCGUACGGGUGUGAUGCGUGUGACAAAUCGUUCAUUACAAGUAGCAAAUUGAUGAUACAUCGACGCACACACACUGGUGAAAAACCGUACGAGUGUGAUGUAUGUGAAAAAUCGUUCAGCAGAAGUAACAAUUUGUCAAUGCAUCAAAACACACACACUGGUGAAAAACCACAGGAU